UCACGUCCCUCUCGGUCUCGCGGUGUUUUUGCUAAUCAUGUUGCUUGCGGUGUUGUUUUGACGCCGGUGUGUGUUUUUGCGUGAGGGAGAUAAUGAAAAACACACAAUUCCCGUCAGAUUUACGACGCUGCUCCGAGUCCCGACGACGUCGUUUGUGUUAUCCACAAUAACACUGCACAGCUUUGCCUCGUCGUAACUGCGUAUGGAGAACUCCGAGGGUGGCAUAUCAUCCGAGCCCGACGGCUGCACGACGCGAACGUCGUCCCGCCCGGUCCGAGCGUCCGGGUCAGCGCGGGCCUCCUGCUCCUCCUCCGGGCACCGUGAGCCCAGGAGACGGCGUGAGGCCAAGCAGCAGCAGCAGCAGCAGCAACAACAACAACAACAACAACAACAACGGCGGCGACGGCGGCGGCGACAGGGGGAUGGUCAGGAACAGCUGCUCCGGGAGACGGUUCGCCGGAGGUUGCCGGGCCAACGCGAGCACUCAGAGGCGUGCGGCUCAGUGAGCGACGCAGCGGAAAGUUCGCCUAAGAGGAGAGCUCACUUCCUUCAUGGACCCUAUCCAGCCACUCACUUCGGACCCAAAGCCUGCAUUCUACCUAACCCCACUUCAGUCAUGCACAUCCAGGACCCAGCAAGCCAGCGCCUUACCUGGAAUAAACCUCCCGUCAAUGUUCUGGUCAUCAGGAAGAUCCGAGACGAUAGCCUGUUGGAGCCUUUCAAAGAGCUGUGCCGUUUUCUAGUUGAGGAGAAGCAGAUGAUGGUGUACGUGGAGCGGCGAGUUGCCGACGACGGGACGCUGUCCAAGGACGAGAAUUUUGGCUCCAUCAGAAACCAGCUGUGCACGUUCAGAGAGGGCUACGACGACAUCUCCGACUGCAUUGACCUGAUCAUCUGCCUGGGCGGAGACGGCACGCUGCUCUAUGCGUCCUCUCUCUUUCAGGCCAGUGUCCCCCCGGUGAUGGCGUUCCACCUGGGUUCCCUGGGCUUCCUGACGCCCUUUAAAUUUGAGUCGUACAAGACCGAAGUGGACAAGGUCUUCGAAGGAAACGCGGCCAUCACUUUGCGCAGUCGCCUGAAGGUGAAGGUGGUGAAGGAGAUGUUUGAGAGGACGGCCGCCGUGCCGCCGCCGCCGCAGCCGCAACGAGAUCAGCAACAGGAACACAACGGCCUCGUUCCUCAGCGCUACACCAGCAGCGAGGCGGGCAAGGUCACCCUGCAGCUUCAGGUGCUGAACGAGGUGGUGGUGGACCGCGGGCCGUCGUCCUACCUCUCCAACGUGGACUUGUACCUGGACGGACGUCUCAUCACCUCCGUGCAAGGCGACGGCGUGAUCGUGUCCACUCCGACGGGCAGCACGGCUUACGCGGCGGCGGCCGGGGCGUCCAUGAUCCACCCCAACGUGCCGGCCAUCAUGGUGACACCCAUCUGCCCGCACUCGCUCUCCUUCAGGCCCAUUGUGGUGCCUGCUGGAGUGGAGCUCAUGAUCACUUUGUCCCCCGACGCAAGGAAUACAGCCUGGGUGUCGUUCGAUGGCAGAAAGAGACAAGAAAUCCAACACGGUGACUGCAUCAAGAUCACGACAUCGUGCUACCCCGUGCCGUCCAUCUGCUGCCACGACCUGGUGUACGACUGGUUCGAGAGCUUGGCGCAGUGUCUUCACUGGAACGUGCGCAAGCGGCAGACGCGCCUCACCGAGGCGUCCGACACUUCCGACACGGAGAACUGAACCCGGAACGCGCCCCUCCCUUCGCACCCCCAUGUCCCCUCAUCGCAGCUCCUGAGCCAGACGCCUUGCCUGUGACGUAUUUUCCUCCCACGGCGUCGCCUUUUUUACAUUCCACAUGGUGUUGAAUUAAGAGAAACAUCUUCAUGUAUAUAUUUGUACAAAUUAAUAUUUGCGUUCCUAGUUAUUUAAUGACAUAUUUGUAUAUUUUGAAAGAGUUCCACACCACCACAUAGAGCAGUGUUUUCCAACCUUUGAGCCAAGGCACAUAUUAGAAAAAUCUCACAGCACACUACCAAACCCAACAAAAAGUGUAUACAGUGAAAUUGGCGCUAUCCCUAGGAUAGCACUGCUCUGAAUAGCUAAAUUCGGUAAAUAAUUGAAGCGUUUUCUGAAAAGGGGUUGUAAUUGUAUAUAGAUGCCACAAGACGGCAGCAAAGCAAACGGAGCUCAUAACGCAUCAACACCGUGCUUCUAGCAUGUACACAAUCAUAAACACAUGUUACAAAAACAACUUUAUUCAGUAGUUUAAUUGUUCAACAAAAACAAACCACCUUCACAUGAGGCUAUCACACAUGGGCAAAUACAUAUGUGCACUAGAUGCUAUAAAGUGAUUGAACUUGCCUUUUUUGGAUUUACACACAAUAAAUGUUAGAGAGUAUAGGAAAAUUGUAAUGGCAAAGGAGACUAUACGGGCUAUUAGCAGCUUCAUCGAGAGAGAUUUUGCAUUUGGCGAUGCAUGGUGACCUCGUGAGGAUAAGCGGUACAGAAAAUGGAUGGAUGGAUGGAUGGAUGAUGUGCAUUCACGGAGCGCCAACAAAACAACAUUGCAAAUGCAGAUGAAAAUUUUGCCAAUGAAUUCGACCUUACAACAACGCCAAGAUUUCACCAGGUGGCGCUAAAUUAAUAUUUUAAUUGCUUUGGCCUACACGGACAAACAGCAAAGUGACAUUUUCAAGAGUGGAGUAUAUUCCAAAUAUUCGAGAAAUUCGCAAAUGCCGAACUGCCAACGUGCGGGGGUUCACUGUCUGAGGAAUGAUCAUGAUCUUGUCUGAAUUUACUUCCAAAUGCACUUAGUGUGAAAUCUCGUCCUGUUAAAUCGAACACAAAGCAAUUAUUCUGUUGUAUAAUUGACAACAGGUGGCUACAGUCAACUGAGCUCUGCCACAAAUAGUGGAAAUCGGUGAGUACAGUGGAUCCCCGCUAUUUGCGGGAGAUACUGACCGCAAAAAAUAGUGUUAAUCUGUUGCCUUUUUUUUUUUUUUUUUUUUUAAUGCCCAGACUUUUUAAUUACGGAUAAACCGCCAAUUAGCAUUUUCAGGAUUGGUUAGCCCCAUAAAAGAAUAAGGGAAAAAAAAAAAAAAAAGCAAAUAAGUGGAUCGAUG